UGCCCCGCCCGGUUACGUCACUGACGGUCAGAGGGGAGGCCUUUUUGCCGUCUGGCUACAUCAAAAACUUGAGUCCCGUGCACACACAUACUGUGGCCUUCUCCAGUGUGACAAUGGAGCCAUCAGGAAGUACCACAACAUCUUCAAGCAACCACACUCUGAACUCAACAGGUGUCGGUUGUCCAUGGGAGAUCAGCGACAAGGCCAGACUGUGCCGCUUCCUCUGCUAUGGCUUGGAGGGAGACUUGUACACUGCCAGAGAGGAGGGUCGUGUCAGCAUAGAGAACGCUGAAACCCUGUUUUCCCUUCUUCAGGAUGGCCACGGUGGCGAGGUGGUGGAAGAGAUAAAAAGGUUCGCUAAAGAUGAGCGAGCUGUCAGACUCGGCCCCUCCUUUUUUGCACUGGCUUUGUGCUCCCAGCACUCUGAGCUGAAGACCAGGCAGGCGGCAUUCAAAGCCCUGAAGGAAGUUUGUCGAGAUCCUGCCCAUCUGUUUUCUUUCAUCCAGUACAAAAAAGAGUUGAAAGAGGGCAUGAAGUGUGGGAUUUGGGGACGUGCCCUGAGAAGAGCAGUGUCUGACUGGUACAAUGAGCAAGAUGCCAUGAGUCUGGCUGCGGCUGUGACCAAAUGUAAACAGAGAGAGGGGUGGUCACACCAAGAUCUACUCAGGCUCUCUCACACCAAACCAGCUCAUGAAGCUAUUGCCUUGAUCAGCAAAUAUGUAACAAAAGGAUGGAAAGAGGUCCAGGUUGCUUACGCAGAUAAAGAGAACUCAGAGGAGGUCGCCAAAGUGCUUUCAUACCUUGAAGUGGUGGAGAAGGUCAAGCACAGUUGUGAUGAAACGGAGGUCAUCAAUUUAAUAGAGGAACACAAAUUGGAGAGGGAACAGCUACUGACAGACCACCUGAAGUCCAAACUGGUAUGGAGAGCGUUGUUGAAGGAAAUGCCUCUCCAGUCUGUGCUAAGGAUCUUAGGUAAGAUGACGGCAAACAAAGUUCUUGAACCAGGGACUUCAGAAACACAAACUGUUUGUGACAGAAUCCAGAGUGAGACGGCAUUAAAGAAGGCAAAGCUCCACCCUUUCAACAUACUCUUGGCUUCUGAAAACUACAAAAGAGGCCAAGGCUAUCAGGGUAAAACAAAAUGGGAACCAGACAGCAGCAUCCUGAAAGCAAUGGACUCUGCUUUUUACAAGAGUUUUAUGAAUGUGGAUCCUGUCGGUAAACGCUUUGUGGUGGCAGUGGAUGUGAGCACAUCGCUGAGCAGCAUUGUCCCAGGGACGUCGAUCAGCACUGCCGUCGCUGCCGCAGCAAUUACCAUGAUUUUUGCAAGGACAGAGGCAGACACACACGUGCUAGCCUACUCUGAAGGAUUUGUGGUUCCAUGCACGGUUUCUGCUGACAUGAGUCUCGCACAAGCAACAGUGGAACUGGUUAAGAUCCCGAGUGGGAGCACAGACUGCACUCUUCCCAUCACAUGGGCCACAGAGAACGGGAAAGCUGUAGAUGUGUUCAUCAUUCUAACCAACAACCCUCUGUGGACGUUUACUGCCAGCCCGGUGGAGUCUCUAAAGAAGCACAGACAAAUAUCAGGAACCAAUUCUAAAUUGGUGAUGUGUGGGCUGACAUCCAUUGGACAGGCCAUCGCAGACACAGAAGACAGAGGUGUACUGAGCAUCUGUGGCUUCGACCUUGGAGCUUUGAGUGUCAUUCGUAACCUAGCCCAGGAUCUGAUCUGAUAAAGUAUUUGGGACCGUCUCUGAAUCAUGUCAUUAGAGUCCAACAAGAAGGCACAAAGUGGACCAACAUGGCUCACUUAGCAUGUAGAGUGCCCUAAAACAGCACUAAUCCAAAAGAUAUUGACAUUUACAAUUCCAAUUUCUCUUUUUGUAUUAUGUCGCUUACAAAUUGACAAAGUGUCCAGCGGGCUGGACAACACUCUGGAAAUGUGUGCAUAUAUUUUUUUCUGAAAUUUAAAAAGGAAGUGAUAACACAUGAUAUGUCAUUGCAUAUCAUGCUGUUGGAGUUUUAGUGCAAACAGCACUCUGUUGUUAAGUGCUUUGAUGGUUUUUGGUGAGACAUGAACCCUUUGAAGAAAUUCCACAUUUAUAGCGAGAUGUUUGCAGAUUAAAUAAGAGGAACAGGUUAAGAGACAGAAUGUUGGAGACUUAGUGCAACUGUAGGUUUAUUAGAAGGGGAUUUACUGUUUCUAGUAUGUAUCUAUGGUAUGAUUUAGCAAGUUUGAUGUGAUGGUAGAGGCAUUUUAAAUUUGAAAGCCUGUCCCUCUGUUUUAUGUAGCAUUAUUAUAAAUUAUUAACUGAUAUACUGUAAGAGAGGAAAAACACCAAAAGUGAACAGAAUACAUUGCAUUUUGUUUUCUGACUAUUCUUCUAUUCUUUGAUUUAUUUGGUCAGAAAAGGUUUUUUUUAUAGUGAUGUUAAUGUCUAGAAUUCCAUUUACAUAACACUGCCUAUAGCUUAGCUACAAUUUUAGUUCUAUUAACAUUUGUUUUCCCCUGAGCCAAUUUUAUUUUAAAACUGAGUUGUCUUUUCUGCUCUUGUCAAAUGUAUUCUAUAAAAAAAAAUACCCUUGGUGCUCUUAAAUGUGAUGCAACAUUAUUGGGGGAUUAUUUGGGUUUUGGUUUAUUUGGGAUUUUCCUUCGUAUAACAAUAAUGCCAAUGUAAGUCGGUUUGCUGUAGGUUGGAAAAAUUGACUUUUUCUCAUAUUUUAGUCUGAAUUCUAUGCAUCACAUUUGGGAUUUUACUGUAUUAUUAUGUCCAGGAAGGACAGAUCAUAGUUAUUUAACAACUGUUUACCUAGACUGAAUCUGCUAGCACAGUAAUGUUUCAGUAUAUUUGAUGUAAGAAUGUCCGUUAUGCAAAAACUAACAGAUAAUUGCUACAUUAGCGGAAUAAAAGGAAUUGAAUGUACCGGUACUUUUGUAAAACAUGACACAGAAGAGAUUUAAAGUACAGUGCUUUAUAUUUCUUCAAAGAGAAUAAACACAUAUGUUUUAGUGUUAGGGGCCACUUCAUUUUUGGGAAAUGGAAGCAAUCGACCACAGUGGUGCUUCUUGUUUUAUUGAACACUAAUUACUGUAAUUACAGACAGAAUUAACAUUCAACGUGUCACUUAUUCUCCAUUCUAGUGUAAUUCAUUAUGAAGAAAAAUAAACUGACCAUGUUACUGUGAAGGAUUUUUCUCCACACAUGCUGAUACUGUCAUUUUCAAUGUUAAGACAAUGUCCGCUGUAUUUUUGACCAAAGGUCAAAACGCUAUGAAGCUAAAAUAUAUGUACAAUAUGAUUGUUGAUACAGCGUUUGUAGUUGAAAGUUUGACACAAGAGAUAGUUAUUAUUAUGAGGUAUGGUAAUUCACAAGUGUUUCACCACCAUGGUUAACUCUCUCCUAUUAUGUUUGUUGUAUCCAUUUUGCUUAACAUCUAAGUACUUGACUGUAGUGGCAAUGUAGACCCUUAAUAAACACUUUGCUGCUCUUCAAAUA